AUGAGCUCAAAAGGAAACAACAGCUAUUCCAGUAAGAGCAAUGGAGCAGGGGUUCUCAAGGUGUGGGGCGCCGCCCCCAGGAGGGACACCAGCGAGCUGCAGGGGGGACGCAGCAGCAGAAUGGCGGAGGGCAGACAGACGGCGCCCGCCGUGGUCCCCGGUCCGGACGGCGAGGACCAGCAGGACCAGCAGGACUCGGGUCCUCGCGGCGCCCUGCUGGACCCGGGCCGGCGCCAUCGGACGGCCUUCACCCGGGAGCAGCUGUCCCGCCUGGAGCAGGAGUACGGCAGGGAGAGCUACGUGUCCAGGCCGCGGCGCUGCGAGCUGGCCAGGGCGCUCAACCUGCCGGAGACCACCAUCAAGGUGUGGUUCCAGAACAGGAGGAUGAAGGACAAGCGUCAGAGACACUCGCUGCCCUGGCCUCACCCGCUGGCCGACCCGCUGAGCGUGCUGUUGAUGAGCCGUGCUUCCUCCUCCUCCUCCUCCUCCUCCUCCCUGCCCUACCCCUUCAUCCCCCCCCACCUCCCCCCUCUGCACCCGUACUCCCCGCUGGCCUUCUCCUCCGCCCCGUCUCCGCCUCAGAGUCCCUACAGCGUCCCCAUCCGGCCCCUGGAAGCCCUGCGUCUGUCCCAGUACCACGGCCGGGCGGGGGGGCUUCCCCCGGCGGCCCUGUACCCCCCCGCCGGCGUGGUGCACCACCCCGCCUCCUGCCCCUGCCCCCUCUGCCUGCACUGGGGGCAGGAGCAGCUGCUGGCCGCCAGGGGGGAGGCCCUGGGCCUGGGCCCGCCGCCCCCCAGGCUCAAGAGCAGCAUCCAGCCCGGCGGCCUGGAGCGCCUGGAGCGCCUGGAGGAGAUGGUGUGA